AUGGAGAGUAGACAUGAGUUGAUAGCAAGCCUGCAUGAGUUAAAUGUAAGAGACCCUGAUGUAAGAGUGUGUGAUGAAUCAUCAUGUAAAUAUGGAGGGGUGUGCAAAGAAGGCAGCGAUGGCUUGAAAUGUGCAUGUCAGUUUCAGUGUCACACAAAUUAUAUUCCUGUUUGUGGAUCAAAUGGUGACACUUACCAAAAUGAGUGCUUCCUUAGGAGAGCUGCAUGCAAGCAUCAGAAAGAGAUAACAGUGGUAUCAAGAGGACCUUGUUAUUCUGAUAAUGGCUCUGGAUCAGGAGAAGGAGAGUAUGAAGGAUCUGGGACAGAAGUUCAGAGGAAGCGUUCAAAAUGUGGAGUUUGCAAAUACAGAGCUGAGUGUGAUGAAGAUGCAGAAAAUGUUGGGUGUGUAUGUAAUAUAGAUUGCAGUGGAUACAGUUUUAAUCCUGUGUGUGCUUCUGAUGGAAGUUCUUAUAACAAUCCAUGCUUUGUUAGAGAAGCAUCGUGUCUGAGACAAGAACAGAUUGACAUAAGACAUCUUGGACACUGCUCAGAAACAGAUGACACAAAUGCAGUUGGAAAGAAAGACGAUGGAAUGCAGUAUCGGCCAGAGGUGAAAGAUGCCAGUGAUCAAAGAGAAGACAUUUACAUUGGAAAUCACAUACCUUGUUCAGAAAGUUUCAAUGGCUACUGUAUACAUGGAAAAUGUGAAUUCAUUUAUUCCACUCAGAAGGCUUCCUGCCGGUGUGAAUCAGGAUAUACUGGACAGCACUGUGAAAAGACAGACUUUAGCAUUCUUUACGUUGUCCCAAGUAGACAAAAGCUUACACAUGUCCUUAUUGCAGCAAUAAUUGGAGCUGUACAGAUUGCCAUUAUAGUUGCCAUCGUAAUGUGUAUAACAAGAAAAUGCCCUAAAAACAACAGAGGACGUCGGCAGAAACAAAAUCUGGGCCAUUUUACUUCAGAUACAUCAUCCAGAAUGGUUUAACUUAGUGAUUUUUAUACCUACAUUGACCAUGUGAUGUACAUUUUUAUUAUAUUUUUUUUUAAAGAAUGAAAGUAUUUAUUUCAGAGGCCUUAUUUUGAACAUUUUUAAUGUAACAAUGUUGGUCUGUUUUCUGAAAGCAUCAGCUCUAACAGCUAUGGACUGUUUUAGAAAUUUUACUUUUAUGUUUUUGAAUACAGUAGUUCAUUUUCUGUAUUUGUAUCACAUGGUUAUAUAAUAGACUUGUGCUUUAUUCAUGGAUUGUAAUAUUUUGGGAAACAGACUUAUCUCACCAAUGGUUGUAGAUUAAAAAGCAGAACAACAAAAUGUCCAUGUUACCUAGCAAACAAGGCAUGAACUAAAGGUAAAAAUGUUUACAGCUUAACUUUUCUUAUGAGAAACUAGAAUACACUGUGUUUAAAUACCGUAGAUAUUUAAAUGUUUUUGGAAGUUAGUUACUGAUUUUUUUUUUAGACACUGCCUAUCGCAUGAACUGUGCUGUGCGUAGUUGUAAUAUAUUUCUAAAAGGUAUGGACUGGGUCUAACACUACCAUUUUCAUAAAUAAUUCCAACAAUUUAUUUUUAAAGAGGAAAAUCAUACAUUUCAUAAUUUGGGAAAUUACUUGGUAAAGCAGAUGGCACGGUCCAAAAGAGGUAGGUCUUAGUAGAUUUAGGUACUGUAAAAAUUGGUGUUGAAUAACUGAAUUCAAAUAAUUGAAAUAAAGCCUACUUUAUCACUGUUGAA